AUGGUUUACCAGGGCACCUUCAUCGGGCAUCCCCACCAGCCCUUGAGAGAGAGCGAGGAGGGCAAAGGCGAGGAGGCAGAGGGGCGGGGCAGCAGCGACAGUGUGGAUGGAGGAGAGGGGGAUGAGUUCAUGGAGACAGGUGGGUUAGAGAUUCUGGCAAGGUGGGUUGGGGUUCGCACAGCAGUAUCUUCCGAGAAUUCUCAAAAGCAGCAGUGGCAAUGUGGUGUGGAUGGCGGAGAGGGGGAUGAGUUCAGAGAGACAGGCAAUGGAUUCAUCGUCAGCAGCACUCAGCAGCUGGCUCCGACCAAGGCUCAUGUCGUUUGUUGCGCCUCAACACUUAUUCCCUCCUCCUUCCCUCCUUUUCUUCAUCCCCACCUACCAGCGGCAGUGGGGUCAUCCGGCAGUGGAUUCAUUGUCAGCAGCGUUCAAUGGCUGGUUCUCACCAACGCGCAUGUGGUGGAUGGUGCAGCGAGAGUGACGGUAAGGGGGCUGCUUCUUCCCGACGGUCGUCGCUUUGCCACUCAGUCAACCGCACUGCAUCCCUCUGCAGACCUCGCAAUGCUUAAGGUGACUCACAGGCUGCAUACCAAAGGGCCACCAGCUGGCCCUCUUUCCAGCCUGCAAGGGGUUGAAGAGCCGGCUGUAGCAAGAGUGAAGAGUGAGUUGGAUGUUGCAAGAGUGAAGAGUGAGUUGGCUAUAGCAAGAGUGAAGAGUGAGUUGGCUGUAGCAAGAGUGAAGAGUGAGUUGGCUGUAGCAAGAGUGAAGAGUGAGUUGGCUGUAGCAAGAGUGAAGAGUGAGUUGGCUGUAGCAAGAGUGAAGAGUGAGUUGGCUGUAGCAAGAGUGAAGAGUGAGUUGGCUGUAGCAAGAGUGAAGAGUGAGUUGGCUGUAGCAAGAGUGAAGAGUGAGUUGGCUGUAGCAAGAGUGAAGAGUGAGUUGGCUGUAGCAAGAGUGAAGAGUGAGUUGGCUGUAGCAGAAGAAGAGGGGACAGGGUGGUCGGCAGCAGACAGUGUUGGGUCAGCUAAGGAGAGGGCUACUGUGCAUGGUUGCAGAGGAGGGGGGUCACGAGAAGGGGUUGGGGAGGGUUUGAUCAAGGGGGAAUGGGAUGAGAACUCAUCUGUGGCGGUCAUAUUUGGGGAAGCGAGAGGAGGAGAGCAAGAGAGAGGAGGGGAGAGAGGAGGGAAAGGCGAUGGAGAGGAGGGAGAAAGGCAAGGGGAUGGAGGGGAGAGAGGAGGAGGUCAGAGGGAUGGAAGAGAGGAAGGAGCGGGCAACAGGGAAGAGGAGUGGCUGCCCUGUGCGCCCAUUGGUGACAAUGAUGACGUGGAGCUUGCUGAUAGGGUGAUCUCGGUGGGCAAUCCUGUGGGGCUACCUGGCAGCAUCAGCCUGGGCGUGAUUAGCAGCCUCCACCGCACUGCUGGUCAGGUGAAUGGGAGUGCCCCACUCCUCGCUGCACUGCUUCGAACCAGCUGUGCCAUCAACCCGGAGAGCUUUCCUCCAUUUUCUCCUUCUCCCCAAACUCUCACUCCCUCGAGUUUCCUCUCCAUUUUCCGCCACCCGUCCCACCAGGUGGGAGUGCCACACUCCUCGCUGCACUUCUUCCAAACAGACUGUGCCAUCAACCCGGGACGCUCAGGCAGUCCCCUCGUGAACGAGUUUUAA